UUUUUUUGGGGAAUGGCUUUGUUAAUUAGGGUUUAUGCUCUACUGAUUCAUGUGUUGAUGGUGGGGUUUGUGGCUGGAAAUGUUGUUUUGAUGGCGAAGAACAUUUCUCUGUCCUUUCGUGACGUGGAGGCUAACUUCAUGAGAGGAACCCAAGAUGGCAUCAAAAUACACUCUGUCUUUAUAUCGAAAGCCUCAGGCAAAAUGUUGAAGGAAUACAUAGAUCGUUCCGAUGUUGAGGCAUGGAUCUUAUCCAACUCUGAAAACCGCCCGUUGUCUAUAAAGGUUGUUUCUUUCUUAGCACUACUUGCCGUUGUUGUUGGGGUGGCUACAUGUUUGCAUGGACGCAACGUAAUACGUGAGAGGUUUAUCGCUUCUCGAGUCCAGGAGUUUCAGGGAAUGAGUGGUAGUUUGGUGAAAGCGAUGCGGAGUAUGAGAUUCACAAAUGUUUUGGAGGACAAUUGUACUUCGAGUGCAUGUGCUAUUUGCCUGGAAGACUAUAGUACAGGAGAAAAGCUUAGAAUUCUACCAUGCCACCACAUGUUCCAUGCAAUUUGUGUUGAUUCCUGGCUCACAUCAUGGAGAACGUUUUGCCCUGUGUGCAAACGAGAUGCCAGGACGAGCAUCAACAUCCCUCCAGCCUCAGAAUUUACUCCUUUGCUUUCUUCUGAUACCCUAUCUCCAUCUUCAUCAACACCGAUUUCUUCCUUGGUAAAGUCUUUACCUGUACCAACAGUCUGAUCUCCAUCUUCAUCGUGUACCACUCAUCAUAUGGGUAACUCAUACAGAUCCUAACAAUAACUCAACUGGGUUGAUUUAUGUAUAAACAGAAGCUUUCAAGAUCAUAGAAAUAUACAGUCUCGAAUAUCUGAAACGUCGUAUCUUAUACUUUGAAAUAUUGGCAAGAGAUCAUAAUGCUACUUCAAGCAAU